CGCAGUUCCGGGCGCGCGGCGACCGUUGGGCCUGGCGGUUCGCGGUGCUCAUGGCUGCGGCCAGCGUGACCCCUCCUGGCUCCCUCGACCUGCUGCAGCCCGGCUUCUCCAAGACCCUGCUGGGGACCAAGCCGGAGGACAAGUACCUGUGCUCGGCCUGCAGGAACGUCCUGCGCAGGCCCUUCCAGGCGCAGUGUGGCCACCGCUACUGCUCCUCCUGUCUGACUAGCAUCCUCAGCUCCGGGCCCCAGAACUGUGCCGCCUGCGUUCAGGAGGGCAUAUAUGAAGAAGGCAUUUCUAUUUUGGAAAGUGGUUCGGCUUUCCCGGACAACGCCGCACGCAGGGAGGUGGAGAGCCUGCCGGCUGUCUGUCCCAGCGACGGCUGCACCUGGAAGGGGACCCUUAAAGAGUAUGAGAGCUGCCACGAAGGACACUGCCCCUUCAUGCUGACCGAGUGCCCGGCGUGCAGAGGCCUGGUCCGCCUCGGGGAGAAGGAGCGGCACUCAGAGCAGGAGUGUCCGGAGAGGAGCCUCAGCUGCCGGCACUGCCGGGCACCCUGCUGCUGGGCCGGCCUGCAGGCACACCACGAAGUCUGCCCCAAGUUCCCCCUGACAUGUGACGGCUGUGGCAAGAAGAAGAUCUCCCGGGAGAAAUUCCAGGACCACGUGCGGGCGUGUGGCAAAUGCCGAGUCCCAUGCAGGUUCCACACCGUCGGCUGCCCCGAGAUGGUGGAGAGUGAGAAGCAGCAGCAGCACGAGGCGCAGUGGCUGCGGGAGCACCUGGCCCUGCUGCUGGGUGGCCUCCUGGAGGCCAAGCACCUGUCAGCAGCCGACGGCCGCCUCCGGGGCCCGGGCGGGGGCUGUGAAGCCGGCACACCACACCCCGAGGCGGAGCUCUCCAAGGCUGCGGAGCUCCGGCAGCGGUGCGAGGCCCUGGAGAGGAAGACGGCCACCUUCGAGAACAUCGUCUGCGUCCUGAACCGGGAGGUGGAGAGGGUGGCCAUGACCGCCGAGGCCUGUGGCCGGCAGCACCGCCUGGACCAGGACAGGAUCGAGGCCCUGAGUAACAAGGUGCAGCAGCUGGAGAGGAGCAUCGGCCUGAAGGACCUGGCGAUGGCCGAGCUGGAGCAGAAGGUCCACGAGAUGGAAGCGUCCACCUUCGACGGCGUGUUCAUCUGGAAGAUCUCCGACUUCGCCAGGAAGCGCCAAGAAGCUGUGGCCGGCCGUACGCCUGCCAUCUUCUCCCCAGCCUUCUACACGAGCAGGUACGGCUACAAGAUGUGUCUGCGCAUCUACCUGAACGGGGAUGGCACCGGGCGUGGGACACACCUGUCUCUCUUCUUUGUGGUGAUGAAGGGCCCCAACGAUGCCCUCCUGCGGUGGCCCUUCAACCAAAAGGUGACCUUAAUGCUGCUUGACCAGAACAACCGAGAGCACGUGAUCGACGCCUUUCGACCCGACGUGACCUCGUCCUCUUUCCAGAGGCCGGUCAGUGACAUGAACAUCGCGAGUGGCUGCCCCCUCUUCUGCCCUGUUUCCAAGAUGGAGGCUAAGAAUUCCUACGUGCGCGAUGACGCCAUCUUUAUCAAGGCCAUUGUGGACCUGACGGGGCUCUAGCCGCCUCCCCCCAGGUUCAGGGGUCAGGAACAGCUGGGCCUGGUGGCUCACUGUGGGUGGACGCCUGCCGCCAUCGUGGCCCUCCGGGAUGGAGCCGCCUCCUGGGAGAGGCCGCUCAGCCCAGGCCGCGUGGGGUGGCCUGCGGGCCGGUCGGUGCCUCCGAGGGCUGUCCGUGUAGGCUCUCGGGGCAGAGCGAGUGGAGGGGCAGGGUGGGCUGGCACUGUGUCCUGCCCUUUGGCCCCCGGAGAGAAGGGACACUCUCGGGUUUGGCCACCGCUCUGAGGAGAAGCCCUGCCAUGCGGGCCUGGCCAGGCCAGCGCGCAGGGAGGGCGUCUGUGUCCUCAGGGCCUCCUGUCGGCCGCCCCUGUGGUGAGUGUGGGGUGCACUUUGGGCGCUGCCGUGAGACGUGGUGCAGUAGCUGCCCCAUUGGGCUGCGGAGGAGUCGUUAUUAAAGUGUUAAAUCUC